AUGGAAUUAUUUUCCAAGCCAUGCGACUUUCUUAAUUCCCACCACCACAGCAAUGGCGCCCUUACUUGACGACGACGGGUUCGUCGGCACGUUGUCAGACAAUGACGCAGUCUCCGACGACGAGAUCCUCACUCAAAGCGCGCCUGCGCCCAUAAACGGCACCAAACGCAAGCGAGAAACGCAGACGCAAAAAGCCGUGAAGAAGGCAAGAGUGGAAGUUGCGAAUGGCGAGGCGGCGGAGGAGGACAGCGACGUCGACUCGGACUUUGAGUUUGGGCUCGAGGAUGAUACGGCGGUCAUUGACGACUAUGCGGCUUUUGUGGGCGACGAUCGGCCGUCUGGGAAGAAGACGUUUGAUGUCGAGGCUGCGGCUGCGAGGCGGAGGCCGCAGGUAGAGGUGGAGUCUGAUGAAGAGGAUGAAGAGGUUGAUCGGGAGAGCGAGGGCUCUUUUGACGGGUUUGGUGGUGGGGCGAACCUGGCAGAAGAGGAUGAUAACGAGGCAGGGUCUGGGAGCGAGCAGGAUGGCUCUGAGGAAGACGAGGAUGGCGAGGCUGAUGAAGAAGAUGAUGCGCUUCCACCAGCUCUACAUCCCGCAGAUCUCGAUGCGCAAUCAGAGUCUGAGGCUGACGAGGAUGCCGACGAGGCAGAAAAGAGAAACGCCUUCUUCGCCCCCGAGGUCAAGCAGCCCGCUUCGACAAAAUCACAGCAGUCGUUCCACACCAUGUCCCUUUCUCGACCCAUUCUGAAGGGUCUCGCCGAGAUUGGCUUUUCGGCACCGACGCCAAUUCAAGCAAAGACGAUCCCAGUGGCUUUGGCAGGAAAGGAUGUUGUUGGCGGUGCCGUGACGGGUUCAGGCAAGACCGGAGCCUUCAUCAUCCCCAUUCUCGAGCGACUACUCUUCCGACCGAAGAGAACGGCAACCACUCGAGUAGCCAUCUUAACACCAACGCGAGAACUCGCUCUACAAUGUUUCAACGUCGCGAAGAAACUGGCUGCCUUCACGGACAUUACUUUCGGCCAAGCAAUUGGCGGUCUGAAUCUGAAAGAACAAGAAAAGCAGCUCAAGCAGAGACCCGACAUCGUCAUCGCGACGCCCGGCCGCUUCAUAGAUCUGGAACGAAACUCCUCCGCCUUCGCCGUCAACACCGUCGAGAUCCUGGUACUGGACGAAGCGGAUCGAAUGCUAGAAGAAGGGUUCGCUGACGAGCUCAACGAAAUCCUCACCAAAAUCCCAAAGAGUCGCCAGACCAUGCUCUUCUCCGCCACCAUGACCUCCAAAGUCGACGACCUCAUCCGCGUCGGCCUGCAACGCCCCGUGCGCCUGCUCGUCGACGCCCAAAACCAAACCGUCGCCGGCCUAACGCAAGAAUUCGUGCGCCUGCGUCCCGGUCGUGAAGCUAAACGCCUCGCCUACCUCAUGUACCUCUGCUCCAAAGUGCACACCGACCGCGUGAUCGUCUUCUUCCGCCAAAAGAAAGACGCACACCGCACCCGCAUCCUCUUCGCGCUCUGCGGCCUCAAAGCCGCCGAGCUGCACGGCAGCAUGUCGCAAGAGCAGCGUAUCCAAGCCAUCGAAGCCUACCGCUCCGGCAAAGCGAGUUUCCUCCUCGCCACCGACCUCGCGAGCAGAGGCCUCGACAUCAAAGGCAUCGAGACGGUGAUUAAUUUCGAAGCGCCCCAGAGCUUGGAAAUCUACCUCCAUCGCGUCGGCCGUACGGCGCGUGCCGGCCGCAGUGGAAGGGCGUGCACGCUUGCCGCCGAGCCGGAUCGCAAAGUCGUCAAAGCGGCCGUGAAGAGUGCCAAAGCGCAGGGCGCGCAAAUUCGACAGCGCACGAUCGAGGCCCACGACGCGGACGCGUGGUUCGAGAAGGUCGAGGGUCUGCAGGUGGAAGUGGAGGCGAUCCUGAAGGAGGAGAAAGAGGAGCGCGUGCUGCAGAGUACGGAGCGGGACUUGACGCGCGCGGACAAUAUUGUGAAGUACAAGGAGGAGAUUCUGGCGCGGCCGCGGAAGACGUGGUUUGAGAGUGAGAAGGAGAAGGCGGCGGCGAAGGGGAAGGGAGCGGAGGCGCUGAAUGGGCCGCUGGAGGAGGGGGCGGCAGGGAGGAAGAAGACGAAGGGCAAGUUGAGUAAUAAGCAGAAGAAGCGAUUGAUGGAUAAGGAUGAGAGGAGGGAGGAGGGAUUGUGGAAGAAGGGGAAGGGAGCCGGGGCGGCGAAGGGGAAGCCUCAGGGAAAGGGCAAGGCUAAGGGACAGGCCAAGGGGCGGUCUUCAAAGAGAUGAUGGGGU